UCUGACUUGCCGACAAAGAGUGUGUCUUUUUUCAGUAUAAGAAAACAUAUCUGAGGUAACAGGUUGCUUUGUUUCCUUUUAUAACUUGUACUGAAAAGCUCAAUGAGAGAGGAGACAAAAGAAUUGGUCAGUGUAAGGAUGCUUGUUCUUUGGGGCUGCCAUUGGCAACUGCCACUGUUGCUGUGUUUUACUGGGCUUCUGCAAUGUGAUGUGUGUUACAGUCAACGUCUGGUCCAGAUCCAGGAGGGUCCUUUGUAUCGAGUGAAAGGAUAUCCCAUCUCAAUAUCCUGUAAUGUGAGUGGGUUCAAAGGCCCACUUCAGCAGGAUUUUGAAUUUACUCUCAAGAAAGCUGUAGUGGUGAAUGUAAUCAGUACUAAAGAUUCAUACUUUGCCUAUGCACACUUCAGUAAUAGGAUACGUGAUAAAGAUGUUGAGAUUGAGAGGUUGUCAGGAUCUUCAGUUCUCUUGAAGAUCAAUACUUUGCUGGAAAGUGAUGCAGGGGUUUUCCUCUGUCACACCCCAAACACUGAUGGUGCAUAUUUUGGAACGUAUGGUGCAGAAACAACAGUUAAUGUGAUUGAGGACACCCUGAUAGCAUCAUAUUUAGGCUCUGCUACUCUAAGCAUGUCUGAGGGUGACUCUCUUCAACUUGAGUGUGAGGUCUCCACACAGACUUUUCAACACACUCAUCUGUCGGUCACCUGGUUUCUUCAUGGUAAAGAGGAUGUAAGCCCCCGACCGAUCAUUACUCUGGACAGGGAUCUAACUGUAAAACCAGGGGCUGGAUAUGAGGAAAGCUACCGUUCAGGACUUCUCAGCAUGGAAAAAGUUGGGGAAACAACCUUCAGACUAAAGAUGCUUCAAGUGCAGCAGUCAGACAGUGGAAAGUUGUACUGCAAAGCCAUUGAGUGGAUCCAAGACCCAGACCGUUUGUGGACACAGAUUGCCCACAAAACCACCACACCUGCUAAUGUGGAGAUAAAGCGAAUUGAAGUGGCACCUGAUUCAUUCAUUACUGAUAUAGAGGCCUCGAAGGGGCCCUUACAGGAGGGAGAUGUACUGGAGAUCCGAUGCAGUGUAAAGGCACAAAAACUUCUUGAUCGUUUUUAUUCAGUAACUUGGAUAAAAGACAAAAAUAAAGUUGCCCAGAUUGGACCCUCUGGGGUGCUCACUGUGUUUGAUGAUUACAAAAAGAGAGAGGCUGAAGCAGAGCUUAGAGUAGUAAAAACCAGUCAUAUGGACUACCUUCUUACCAUCCGUUCAGCUAGAGCUGAUGACCAGGGCCAAUACCAGUGUGAAGUAAAGCAGGAAAACAUGAAUAAGGAUGGCACUUUUACAAAAAUACAAACCCAGCUGUCUAGACAAAUGACUGUAAGCAUCAAUGCCAAAGAAAACGUCCUGGCUGUGGUCAUGGUGGUGAAGAGUGAUGCUGUGACGGAGGGGGAAUUUCUACAAGUAAUCUGCUCAGUGUCAGGAUUUCAAGGUCCUUUAUCAGUGUUAUGGCAACACAAGAAAGACCCUGGAGAUUCCUAUAGUGAUAUUAUUAGUCUGAACUAUGACGGAGUGAUGUCAGAGCCUGGUAUAAAAUAUCAGAGCAGAGAUAUUCAAACAUUCCGUUCUCCAGAUGGAAACUUCACCCUGGAGAUUGGUGCAGCUAAAACAUCUGACAGUGGUGAAUACAAGUGCAUUGUGUCUGAAUGGAUUAUAGAAAGCAAUGGCAAGAUGAAAAAAGGAAAUAUUCAAUCUCAGCAAAAAGCCAUUUCUGUUAAUUCUAUUGUACUAAGUGUAUCAUUGAAAAGUCGUGCAGUAGAUGUGACUAUAGGUUCAACAAUAGAACUAUUAUGCAUAGUCAAAGGGCCCAAAGUACCUCUGGCUGUACAGUGGAAGUUUUGGCCCUCAAACUCAUCUACUUGGUUAAAUAUUUUAUCUAUACACCACAAUGGAGAAAUUGCCUGGGGAGCAGAACAGAGAAACUACCAGCCGUCUAUUCGGAUUGUCCAGGAAUCCACAAGUUUUAGUCUCAGGGUUAUGAACUACACCAAACAACAGGAAGGAAAGUACAUGUGCCAAGUGGAUGCAUAUCAGAAGGAUUUACAGAAAGCAAGCAAGAACUCCAACCCAUUAGCCGUGACAGUAAAAAAACCUGUCAGCAAGUUGACCCUGUCCAGACCCAGGUCUCCUUUGCAAAGCACUGUAAAUACUGAUGUUAAGCUUGAAUGCUCAAUCACAGAGUCAACCACAAGUACUUCAAAUUUCAAAAUAACAUGGCUGGUUGGGUCGGAGAUGCUCUUGACUAUGGACUUAGAUGCUGUUGUUAAAUUAGGCCCUGCAGCUGGUCUAGAGAUGGACCAAAGAAUUCGUCUGGAAAAAAAACAAAAACAGACAUUCCUUCUGACCAUCCACCAGGUCAGAACCUCUGACAGUGGACAGUAUCAUUGUGAGGUAGAAGAGUGGCUUCAGGAUCCCCUUGGUGAUUGGUAUUCUCUACAGAAAAAGUCUGUUUCCAUAAGGCUUGUUGUCGAAGAUAAAGGGAAUGAUUUUAAGAUGAAUAAGGUUAACACUCCGGUGAAUGUUAAAGAGGGAGAGCAGAUAAUGCUAAAUUGUUCAGUGGAUGGUGUUGGAACCGAUUCCACUCUCCGCUACUCCCUUACCUGGUUCCAAAAUCAGUCCUCUAAUGUGCCAUUGCUCACCUAUAGUUAUGAUGGCCGUUUAAAGUACAACAAGGAUGACUCAGAAUUGGAGGGACGAUUUUACUUUUCCAGCUCAAAUAUUGGUGUCUUUCACCUGACUAUUCCUAGAUCCAUAAAGGAAGAUAGCGGGGGCUACUCCUGUCAAGUUCAGCAGUACCAUCUGGAUUGUAAAGGUCACUGGUCACUCAAGGCAAGUGACAUAUCAGGUGUCACCGAUGUUAGUGUUCAUCCUAUAGAGAGUAAACUGGAUGUUCAGAAGGAGAACCGAAGCCUCAACAUUAAAAAUCCGAAGGCUGGGUUUACCAUUGACUGUGUGAUUACCACUAGAUCUAGUGAUGUAUCUGUGUUUGAAGUGACUUGGUCAAGGGGUCGGAUAAACGAACGACCCAUUAUAAUCUUUACUGCAAGCCGUGAUGGAACUUUACACAGUCCAAUUAAUGACAAAGACUUGAUGUUUGGACACCCAAGUGCAAAUAGUUAUAAGCUCACUGUUUCAAACAUCAACCCCACUGAUAUCGGAGUUUAUCACUGUCAGGUUGUUGAAUGGAUUCGGACAACCACAAACAACUGGAGAAAAAUUGGUGAAGACAGAUCUGGAGAGCUAUCUGUACAUGUAGAGACAGAGAAUAAGCAAAAAGACAACAAUUUUACAAUGGACGGGAGAGAUAAGCAUCUUGAAAUCAAAGAAGGAGAUCAGUUUGAGCUUUCAUGCUCCCUGAAUCUAGAGAUAGAGGACCCUACCCUUCACUACAAUCUCCGCUGGGUUUUUGAUAGCCUGAAAUCUACCAGCGGAAUAAUCUUAUUAACAUACUCUUAUGAUGGCCGUCUACAGUACCACACAGAAAACCAGCAACAUAAUAGAUUACGCUUCUCCAAACCUACUCCCAGUACUUUUAAUCUGGUUGUACUUAACUCAGAUACAGCUGAUGGUGGAAGCUACCAGUGCAUGGUUGACCAGUACAAGCUGGACUGUGAAGGCAAAUGGAAACUAAUGACAUCUGUCAAAUCAGGCUCAACUAUUGUCAAUGUUCGCAGUAUUGAGAGUAAACUGCGUGUGCAGAAGCAAAAUCAAUGGCUCAACAUUACAAGUCUGCAGGCUGAACUUACCAUUAACUGUGAGAUUGAGUCUUGGUCCAGUAAUAAGUCUGCUUUUGAGGUCACCUGGUUCAAAGGUCAUGAGCAAAACCAACCAAUCAUCAUCUUCAUUGCAAAGCGUGAUGGUACUUUACACAAUUUAAUUAGUGAUAAGGAUCUGGUGUUUGGACGGCCACGUACCACACACUAUACACUGAAAAUACCAGCCAUCAGCCAUUCUGAUUUGGGCCAAUACUACUGUCAGGUAGAUGAGUGGCUGCCUACAAUGGCUAACAUCUGGAAGAAAGUGGCUUCUGAUAAAUCUGGGGAGCUCUCUGUUCAUGUUCACAUCGAAGGUGAAACUGUAAAACAGACGGAUCCUUUAGGACUAGCACUGGGAGUCACCAUUCCUCUGAUUUGUUUUCUGGCAUUGGUCAUUAUAAUACUGUUGAGAAAAGAGUUCAAAAGAAAAUCUGAUCUAAAAAAGAAGGAGGACUCUCUAUGGGCUGAAAACAACCCCCUUAAGCCUGCUGGAGGGGACGUAUCUAGCUAAUAAUCAUGCUUUGAUCUUUAAUUUAAUUCAGUUUAAUUCUAUAGUAGCCUAUUUUUAACACACUUUGCAUUGUUGUUGCUUUACAAAAUACAUUUUAGUAUAACAGAGUACAAAAAAAUGCUACAUAAAUUAUAUAAAAA